AUUUAUGACAGUUUCCUUUUUAUUAUUUAUAUAAACUGCCAAUGGAAGCAUCAUUAAGAGUAAAUUAUUUUAACUCAACAAUGGCCAAUCCAAUGGCCCCCAGCGGUCCAAGUCUGUCCCGACUGAACAGAUAUUUUGAUGUGCAUCCUCCACCCCACGCUCCUCAAUACCACACCCGAACAGGGCGCCCCACACCUCGUACAGGAGGCCCCAGGACCAACAACUGCUGCGGGGACACAUGUUCAAAGAAGCCCUGCAGUGCCUCCAAAAGCUGCACCCUUCCUCCCAGGGCGCCAGGACACAACAGCAGCGGGCACCAAUAUGACACCAAUUCUUCCAAUACAAAUAUAUUGGAUAUCCCAAAGAGCAAAAAUUUAGGCAGUGGCAGCUGCUGCUGCAGCAACAGCAACUGUUGUGUGGGUCCCGCCAGCGUAUCAGGUCCUGCCAUCAAGUGUUCUAUUGACGGAGCCGCUUGCAAGACUUCCACUUGGACCUACAAACAUGUGUCUCCGAAGAACGGUGGAGUAACUAUAAUCGAAAAAGGCUCCCGAGUGCGACCAGACAAGCAAGCCAGACGUCCUUUAACAAAACUGAACUGGAGGAACAGUCCAAAAUCAAAAGGAUUCACUCCGUCAAAAGAUUAUUUGGACUUGGAUACACGGCCUCAUUUCUCGGCAGCGUCCAGCGAAGUGUCCCCGCGACUUGCAGUGAAGAGAGUAACGCUUUUGGCAAGUCAUCAGCAGUUCCGCGACGCCGCCGAGUUCAUCCAUCGCCUCCCCGGAGUUACGGUUCGUUCAGCUUUAACUGAUCUACCCAUGGACACGCUGGUAGAGGCGAUGCCUCUCUCCCUGCCAGUCAUCGAAGCCAUCUACUGCACUGCCGGCGAAGUUUCCGCUGAAGUUCUUCACGUGGAACGCGUCGUCUGGCAGAUGGUGAGAUUUUUUGCUCAACAAGAAGAGUGUCUGACCGGAGACAUCAGGUGGGAAUUUUGCGGUCCUUUCGUCAAUCUGUGCCGCGAUGUUCUCAGGGUCGUUGCCAAGAUCCAGCCGAGUUUGAGGAGGACGUUACUACAUCGCAGACGUCAGUUAGAACGGGCCAUUGAGGGCAUGGGUCAUCACGGCCUAGUUGGAACGUCGGACGAAUCUCUAACAAGCCUUCACGAUGCACUCAAGCUCGAGUUUGAAAAAGUGGUGAAGUCCUACACAGCAGCCCUGGCAACUCUCCAAGAACUCGGUACUGGCAAUAAAGGACAUAAUAUUAGCAAAGGUCCAGCACCAAUUCAAGCGUCUCAUCAACGCCAGCUGUCUAUUGCUCCACAAGACAUUCAGGAGCGGUUAAUCAAGAAUAAAUCAUUGCUAAAUAUCGUCGAACCAACCCUCGGCAACCAUUCCCUUGACAUACUGCUAGGGAUCCUCCAGCGAAGAAUUGAGCAUGACAAGGACGCUCUCUUCCAAUUCACGCAGCUCAGGAAAGAGGCAAAAGACAUUCCCGCCGACGCCGUAGUGGCGCCCAUCAUCAUGCGCUACGCCCAUGGAUGUGAUCAGGUGCUGGAGAUGCUGCGUGAGGCCCUGGAAGAGACUGGAUACGACCUGAUGGCGGACGACGAUGAAGGCAGUGACGUGAGCGGCUACCACAGCGACAGCGACUCCACCAUCAUGAUGUCCGGCAACUCCCCCUACAUCACCAAACAUGCCAGGUUCAACUUCCUCACACGAUCAGUGCGGGAUCGAAGUCACGUGGGGACGAGAAUGGCGCUGCCGAUGAGUGGGUCGACAAUAGCUUCGUCGGCGCUCUCAUCGUCGGCGCUUUCUUCAUCGCAAACGUCAUCAGGACCGUCGUGCGCGAGCAGCGCGGUGGGGUCUGACACGCAGAGUCAGCCCGGCAGCGACGGCGGCCGCGUCCACGAGUCCGCCGCUAAGGGCCCGUCGCCCUCAGACCCCCGAGGGGCUGAUGACGCGCAGUCCAUCCUGAAGGCGCCCUCAGAGGCUCCUUCAGGAGUCUCCACCCUCGCAGACACAGGCGGUUCACAGUCGGAGUUGGAAGCUUUACGGCGGGAGCUGUCGCAGGCGCGGCAGACGAUCCGUUUGAUGCACGAGCGGGAGAAGGAGUACAGAGACAGGCUGAGCGAGCGCUCGAAUGGCUUGUUGGGCGAGGCACCAGCGAGGGUGCGGGUCACCUACACAAACAACCUAAACUCGUCUAAUGAAAACGAAAAUAAAAACCCAAACAAAGUCAAUAUCGCCAACAAAUACUCUAAUGAAGAAAAAUUAACAGCUCACGGCAACAAUUUUCUCAGACGUAAAGAAAACGCACGAAGAGAUUUCGGGCGCAGUAGAAGCGUAGUUGAUCUGGUCGAAGAAACUUCCACCUGCUCCCACAUGAACAAAUCUUGGGCUCAGACCUACAGUCGUGAAUAUCCAAAAGGAUAUCUUAAUAAAGACUUGAAGCAAAGACUGCAGAAUUCCUCUAAAGACAUAUACGCCGAGCCUCCUACCGGUACAAGAGUCGAAAUUAAACAGCACUUGCCGUCCACAGCAACUACUUUCAAAAGUCAAGAACUUGACGCAGGAUGUGAAAACAAACGGAAUGCAGAUGAAAAUUUUACCAUUUGUGAUAACAAUAAAUUAUCAGACGUUUCAGGGGCGAACUUUGAACAAACACGAUUGCCUGCCGCGCGAGGUAGCAAUUUCGACAUCAGACGAAUGUCUACAGAGCACGUUACGAAUAGCGACAAUCAAAGAACGUCAGCCCAACAACGAACAAACUUUGACCGUAAGCGAACUGUCCCACCGCAAGGAACGAAUAAAGCUAACAUCAAACGUACGUCAGUUGGACUAGAAGCCAAUCUUAGCGGACGGCUUGACAAUUUAGCUUUGGGUGACCACAGACCGACUGCGUUGGUCCGGCGCUACGCCAAUCUCUACACGCAGACUCGCGUAGAAACGCUCGACGCCCUCGAUCAGCUCACGGAAAUGAGGAACGCUCCUGAGCUGAAGAGCAAACUCCUCUUCAGUGUCGUCGUGCUGGCGUUCCGGUCCACAACGGCCACCGCAUCCGCGCUCCGGCAGGACGUCCGCAAAAUCCUGCAGGUGCCCUCAUCCAACAAUCCGGCGUUCCCGCCCUCCAUAGUUUCUGCUUUGCGAUCACCCGGACUGCUCCCGGACUCAAAAUCCGGUCACCCGGACUCCCCUGUCGCUCUGGCCAAUUCUGUGAAAGGUUUGGCCGCAGGGGGCGAUUUAUCGGCGCUGGAAGCGGCCAUGGCCUCGGUUAUCACGGCCAAUGUGGACAGCCACGAUCUCACGCAAAAUGUUGAGGACGUGUGCCACCAAAUCUGGGCGACGCUCUACGACUACCCAGGCCUGAAGACCUGCGAGGGCUUGCUGCGCUACGUCAAGGACUGCGUCCGUGUAGCCUGGGGACUGGUGAACCAAAGUCCCCCGUACUGCAUCGAAUACGAGUCCCGUGCCUACAAUGACAACCUGCACGUGCGUUUCCAUACCUCCGACCCUGAUACGACCACCAUCCACACGUAUCUCUGGCCGGCGCUGACGGAGGGAGUGUCAGGGCCGUGUGUGCAGAAGGGGGUUGUCAUCACCUAGAAUAUCUCUGGCCGGCGCUGAAUGAGGGAGUGUCAGGGCCGUGUGUGCAGAAGGGGGUGGUCAUCACCUAGAAUAUCUCUGGCCGGCGCUGACGGAGGGAGUGUCAGGACAGUGUGUGCAGAAGUUAAGGGGUUGGUAAUCACUUAGAACAGUUAUUAGAGAUCAAAUACUUGGUAUUAUGCACACAUAAUUUACAGACGAUAUAUAAUCAAGGGCGAAAAUUUUUAGGUGGAAAAUAUGCUCGAUAAAAAAUGUAUGAAUAUUUGUUGAGUAUAAAUAGCUACAAUUUCAAAAAUUAUCUAUGGUUCGCACAAGAAGUAUAUUAUAAUCAGUGUUUAUAAUCUAAGAAGUUCUAUGUGGAAAUGUCUUAAUAGUAUAUGAGGAAUAAGUUAAAAUAGUUCGUAUUGUGAACAUCUUGGUACAACAAGGGCUGUCGGAAGUUGAACGAUGUCUAUUUUAAAAAUGACUUAGGAUUAAAUUAUCUUGAAGCGAGAGAAUCUUAUAAAAAACAAUGAAUAUUUACUUACAAAUAAAAAAACUUUGACUGAUAAAAGCUCAGAGUUCAGAAACUGAUUUUAUACGAAUGUGAGAAACACAACCGAAAAUAUGUUUCGAUGAAUAAUUUGUGAUGAACAGGCCUGUUUGCCGACAAAUUAUAAAGAGAAAAUUGCAUUUUAUUCGUAAAAAUUCUUGCAAUCAAAUGUUAGUUGUUCGUUAAUAUCAUCACAAUGCAGCUUAUUAUCCUUCUUGAUCCCAAUGUUCUUAACAUUCUCAAUUAUAUAAAAAUUAUUGCGCUUUUCAGGUACGGAAAUUUCAAGUCUUUUUUCAUUGCGGGAGAAAUUUGGUUUGUCGACGAGUAAGCGUGGAUAAUUGAAUGAUGUUAAAUUGUUUAAGGGAGAAUUUCCAAGCUCUUUUUAAAUGUAUAAGCUUGAAAUAAUAAAUAUUAGAUCUAGUAAAAGGCUGCCUCAGCAACGUAUCUUCUAUUAUGUAUAUCUAACUCAGCUCUGAAGAAACUUUUUUCUCGAGUUUAGUUCACUAGUUUAUUAUAAGCCUCAUACUUAAAUAAGAAUCGCAUAUACAAAUUGUUCUUAUUAGAAAUAUUUUUUAGUAUUAUAUAAUGAGUUAUUUCUUCUUAUUAAACUUACUUUUACUAAGCAUUUAGGACGAAUAAUUCCUGUACAUAUCCGUCCUAUAACAAUACAAGUUAUUGUACAUAUCCGUCCUGCAGUAAUGCAUGUAUGCGCGUUAAGAAAUACUUUUCGAUGGCCAUAAUCCAUUAUACAACUUAUAGAAUUAGUUGAUGCAUUCUCAGUAACAUUGACAUGCAGGAUGAAUUACAUGAGACGUUCUCGAUAAGUUUCUCUAAGAGCUGUAAAUUUUUAUUGAAUAUGGUUCGAAAUAAAAUGUUAACCAAUAAUAUUAAGUUUCAAUAAAUU